AUGCAUGCUAUUCGCGCCUCUAGGCGCAACAGAACAAGCAACUCGAUUCCAACUUUUGUGCUGGUUACUACUCUUCUGGCGCUUGCUGCGUUUCACGGUCGAGCAAACGGCGCAAACACCAGCAACAGCAGCAGCAGCAGCAACAGCAGCAGCAGUGGAGAGGGAGGGCUUGGAGGGGUGGUGUGGGAGUUGGCGGAAGGGCGCGUUGUGAGUCCUACUUUCACCAAGACCAGGACGACAGAGAACAGCGAUUGGCUCGCCAACCUGCAAGCCGGACUGUUCAUCAACUGCGGAGGCCCCAAUGUGACAACCCUCUGGUUUGCUGACACCACCGCCGUCACUUGGACCUCCGAUGCCCCUCUCAUGACCCUCGGCGCGCCCUUCACUAUCACUCCUGCCGCUGGUAGCAGCAGCAACAGCAGCAGUGGCAACAGCAGCAGCAGCAGCAGCAGCAGCUCAAUGCCCCUGUUUGGCAUACCGCCGUUGGCAGGCAUUGCAGGAGCGCGAGGGAACGGGAGUAGUGCAGCAGGGAUUGGUACCACGGGAAUGAUCAACAGCUCGUUUGUUGAGGUGAUCUCUGUUACUAGCACUGCCAACAGCACUGCCAACAACACUGCCAACAGCACUGCCAACAGCACUGCCAACAGCACUGCCAACAGCACUGCCAUCAGCACUGCCAACAGCACUGCCAACACCACUGCCAACAGCUCUGCCAACAACACUGCCAAUUUUUUCGCAAAUUUCCCGCCCCUCUUCUUCCAGAACAAGACCAAUAUCAAUCCACCCAAUGCCUCCAUCCCAAUCACACCUCCCUCAACCGAAGCCAAAACCCUCCUCACCUUCUCCGACCCCUCUCUAGCCCUCCUGGCGCCCAUAUUCGAGUCCGCCAGGGCCUUCAACGCGCGGGACGGGCUCACUCUCUGGUACUCCCUGCCCGUGCCUGAACCUGCCUAUUAUGUGGUGCGGCUGUACUUUGCAGAGCUGGUGAACAGAGUGCCGGGGGCAAGGCGGUUCAAUGUGAGCGUGGAGGGCACUGAGGUGCUGCCUGCGUUUGUUAUUGGGCAGCGGUUUCCUACUGUGGAUCGCACCCGUGCAGCUGCUGCUGCUGCUGCUGCUGGUGGUGCUGCUGCUGGUGGUGCUGCUGGUGGUGGUGCUGCUGGUGGUGGUGCUGCUGGUGGUGAUGGUGCUGGGCGGGGUGUUGGUGGUAACAGUGCGAGCAGGGUUAUUUCGACGGUCACCAACAGUGACUUUGUGAGCAUCGCCAGCAGCAGCAGUGCUUCUGCUGCCGGAAAUGGCAUCAACACCAUCGCCAAUACCGGCGCCAAUGUCAGCACCAAGAGUACCAACAAGAGCCGCAACAAAAGAGGCGCCAGCAGCAUCGCCAACGGCACCAACAGCAGCGCCAACAGCACCAUCACCAACAGCAAAAGCACCACUACCAGCAGCAACAGCACCACCAGCAGCAACAGCACCAGCACCAGCAGCAACAGCACCAGCACCAGCAACAGCACCAGCACCGGCAACAGCACCAGCACCAGUAGCAGCAGCAGCAGCAACGAGUGGGAGGGCGAUGUGGUGAGGGCUCAUGUGGUGGAGGUGUAUGUGCCGGUGACUGAUGGCUCUGUGGACGUGUUCUUCACCUCGGGGGACAUUGGCGACCCCAUCAUCUCCGCUAUUUCUGUGCUCCAGUGUCCACCGGGAAUGUACACCCUCACCGCACCGAACAGCACCGCUGUGCUUGCGUCCCUCUACCACAUCGGGGCGGGGUUGCCGCCCAGCACGUUCUUCCUGGACGCCAUUGGCCGCUCGUGGCUGCCUGACACGCCGUACCUUGCUGCCCCGUCGCCGGCCAACACAAUGAUCGUGGACAACGCCGUUAUGAACUACCGCGCGUUGUUCUCAGUGGAGACUACAGACAACGCCAACAUGCCACCAGAUGCCAUCUUCACAACCUGGAGGACGACAGUGAACGGGCACGAGACAGAGCCCCUGGCCAAGUUCAAGGCGCACACGCUGAAGUAUGUGUUCCCCGUGCCGCCCUCCACGCCCCUCGCCAUCUUCCUCGGCUUCCAAGACGGGCUCUUGGAUAUUCAGGGAGCUCGUUUCCUGCAAGUGUUUGUGGACGGCCAAUUGGCUGUGAAGCCCUUUGACUCGUUCGUUCCACCAGCCACCUACAUUGCCAAGGAUCUUCACGUCACCAGCAACGCCUCUGGUUUCCUCACUAUUGAGAUCGCCAAUGCCAAUUUCACCGGCUUCACAUGGGACGCGUUUGUGAAUUCAGUGGAGGUGUUUCAGGUGCUGCAGGGGGAGGAGGGGCGGGAGGAGGCGUUCAAGGCCACGGUGCAGGCUGCACAGCAGCAGCCCGAUGAAACUUUGGUCGUGCAGUCCGUCUGGCGGGGCAUCUUGCUGGGAGUGGUGUCAGCAGUCAUGGUGUUGGCUGUCGCCCUGGCAGUGCUGAUAGGCUUGAGAUGGCUCUAUGCGCGCAGAGCAGCAGCUGCAGCAGCUGAAGCCGAAAAGGAGAAACUCCUCGGCGCCCGACCCAACAGCCGCUUUAACCGCCGAGCCAACGCCACAGGCUCGGUGUCGUACAUGGGCAGCAGCUUCGGCGGGGGCAUGAACGGAAACAGCGGAGGGGGCGGUGGGGGCGGUGGCGGUGCAGGGAGCAUGGCGAUAUCCGCGUUUGGGGCGCACUGCUUCACGUGGGAGGAGAUGAGAGAGGCAACUAACGACUUUGCACCUGCUAAUGUCAUCGGCAAGGGAGGCUUCGGACAGGUGUUCCGGGGCCAGUUGGAGAGCGGGCACAUGGUGGCGGUGAAGCGGCUGGACGUGGGGUCGGACCAGGGCGAGAAGGAGUUCGUGACCGAGGUCGAGCUGCUCACGCGCCUGCACCACCACCACCGCCACCUCGUCUCGCUCAUCGGCUUCUGUGAGGAGGACGACCAGCGCCUCAUGCUCGUCUAUGAAUACGUGCCCAACGGGACCCUCAGGCAUGCUCUGCAUGAUGCUGACAAGGCUCGGGAAAUGACCUGGAACCUUCGCCUCAGGGUGGCCUUGGGAGCAGCCAGAGGAAUCGAGUACCUGCAUCGCGGCGCCCUGCCACCUGUCAUCCACCGCGACAUCAAGACGACCAACAUUCUGCUGGACUACCAGAUGAACGCCAAGGUGGCGGACUUUGGGCUGUCGCGCCUGGCACAGCAGGCUGUCAGCGGCACUCACCUGGACCUCAUCAGCACCAACGUCAAGGGCACCAUGGGCUACCUGGACCCGAACUACUACACGAAGCAGCAGCUGACGGAGAAGAGCGACGUGUACAGCUUCGGGGUCAUCCUGCUCGAACUCAUCUCCGGCAAGGUCCCCAUCUGGAUGGAGCCGCGCGCCCCGGCUGUCCCCCCCACUGUUGAUGGUGCUGCUGCUGGUGAUGGUGGCGAUGAUGCUUCUGGUGAAGCUGGGCCGUCAGAUGGUGGCGAUGAUGCUUCUGGUGAAGCUGGGCCGUCAGAUGGUGGCGGCGCUGCUGCUGGUGGUGCUGGUGGUAGUGCUGGUGGCGACGGUGGAGGAGGAGGAGCGGCUGAGGACAGACAGCUGCAUGACAUGGACAGUGACGAUGAUGAUGAGGAUGACGAUGGGGACCGGCUCAUGAACCUCGUGGAAUGGGCGUCCCCGCGCAUAGAGGCGGGGCGGGUGGACGUGGUGGCAGCGAGGGAGCUGCAGGAGGCGUCAGAGGCGGUGCUGCAGUCCAUGCAGGCCGUGGGGGAGCUGGCUCUCGCUUGCCUCGAGAUGCAGGCGCGCAAUCGCCCCACCAUGUCACAAGUCGUCCGGCAGCUCGAAGAAAUCCAGCUGGCACUCGCAGAAGAAGACGAGGACGCCGCCCAGAUGCACGCCCUCUCCACCGCCUCCUCCUCAGCGGCAGCAUCAGCCAACCUCGGGAACUCCCUGAUCGCAUCCGGCAUCCCUCCUCCUCUCCCUCUGCCCACUGUGGAUGAGGAUGCAUCAGCAGACUUCUCCCACCCCAGCGCCACCAGCAACAGCAAUGUUUCCGCUUCCAACCGUGCCUCGCCCCGCAUCUCCCCUCGUAGUCCCGGCAAUGGGGUUGAUGGUGCGGGUUCUGGUAGCUUCACCUCCCCACGCGGCCUCCACAAGGCAGAAGGGAGUGCUGCUGCUGCUGGUUUUGGUGCUGGUGCAAUGAAGUCUCCUCGUACUCUCAUCACCUCGCCUCGCUCCCCUACCCCGCUGAAUCGCACCUCCUCCCUCCCCUCGCCUUCGUCCUCCCAACCCCCCGCCCACUCCCCCAAAACGGCCCUCUCUCCCUCGUCCAAGCCUGCAGCCUGGGCCAAUCAGUGCUGGCCACGUGGCACAGGGAGCAGGCCCGGCAGCAGCAGUAGCAAGGGCAAGGAGAAGUGGUCUGGUGCUUCUGGAGAGAAUGGUGUGCAGGUGCAGGAGGGGGAGCGAAUGGAGGAGGGGGAGCGAAUGGAGGAGGUGGAGCUAGGGCAGGAGGGGGAGCAGGUGGAGAUUCAGAGCCCAUUGAUAGAGUCGGACCAGGCGCCGCUCAAAUCGGCCAAGUACCUCUCCAGUGGCCCCUUGCUGUAG